AUGACACUUGUUUUCAUACGAUAUCGAUUAUUAACCAGAUUUAAUUCGAUCAUAUUCGAUUAUGUUUAUUCUUGGCUAUUAAGCAAUUCUUUUCCACCACCAACGUGUGCUGCUGUUGUCCAAGCAAUAGGUUUUGUUCGUGAGAACGAGUCGACUAAUCGUAUAUCGACAGUAUUACAGCAAACAAUGUCGGAGCAAGGAAGUAAAAGAAUGGAUUCGAGUGUAUCGAGAGAAAAUGCUUCGUUGGGAUCAAGUGAACGUCCACAAGGUUUCGCACGACGUGGCGCUCUAAGACAAAAGAAUGUUAUUAUCGUUAAAAAUCAUCAAUUUAUUCCAAGAUUUUUCAAAACACCAACGUUUUGUUCACACUGUCGGGAUUUCAUCUGGGGUUUUGGUAAACAAGGACUGCAAUGUCAAAUUUGUUCACUUGUUGUUCACAAACGUUGUCAUGAAUUUAUCAGUUUUGCUUGUCCUGGUGUUGAUAGAGGAGCUGAUUCUGAUGCACCACGAAAUGUUCAUAAAUUUCAAACACAUACGUACACUUCGCCGACAUUCUGUGAUCACUGUGGUUCUCUCCUGUACGGUCUCAUACAUCAAGGUUUGAAAUGUCAAUGUUGUGAUAUGAAUGUUCACAAAAAUUGUCGAACAUUUGUGCCGGAAUUGUGUGGUCUCGAUCAUACCGAACGUCGUGGACGAAUACGCAUCAGCGUCAAGUAUGAAUCGGAAAACAAAUUACGGAUUGAAAUAGGUGAAGCAAAAAACUUAAUUCCAAUGGAUCCAAAUGGAUUGAGCGAUCCAUAUGUUAAAAUCAAAUUGAUUCCCACGACACCGGGUGCUAGUGCAAGGCAAUUUCAAACGAAAUAUAAAACAAAGGUCAUACGUGGAACAUUAAAUCCACUUUGGAAUGACAAUUUUACGAUUGAUCUAGUCGAUGAUGAUAGAGAUAAGCGAUUGUUAAUUGCUGUUUGGGAUUGGGAUCGAACGUCGAGAAAUGACUUUAUGGGUUCACUUUCAUUCGGUGUUUCGGAAUUAAUGAAAGAAUCAGUCGAAGGAUGGUUCAAAUUAUUAAGUCAAGAAGAAGGUGAUUUCUAUGCAGUACCGGUAUCUACGGAGGAAAAUUUAAUAAAAAUGCGACAAACAAUUCAAUCUCGUACAUCAUUACCACCUUUACCAACUGAUAAAAGUCGAUUAGCAGCAGCUGCUGGCGGCGAAAUUUUGAUUCGCUCGACAUCUCAUGUCAGUCCGAUUAAAGAAACAGAUUUUCAUUUUAUUAAAGUACUCGGCAAAGGUUCAUUUGGUAAAGUUGUACUAGCUGAACGGAAAGGAACAACAGAUGAAUUAUAUGCAAUAAAAAUCCUGAAGAAGGACAUGAUCGUUCAAGAUGAUGAUUUGGAAUGUAUCAUGAUUGAAAAACGUGUGUUAUUAUUACAUGACAAACCUCAAUUUCUAGUUCAGUUACAUUCCUGUUUUCAAUCAGAAGAUCGGUUGUUCUUUGUCAUGGAAUUUGUUAAUGGUGGUGAUCUGAUGUAUCGAAUACAACAUGAAGGAAGAUUUAAAGAGCCAGUGGCUUGUUUUUACUCGGCUGAAAUUGCAAUUGGCCUUUUCUAUUUACACAGCAGGGGAAUCAUUUACAGAGAUCUUAAAUUAGAUAAUGUUCUGCUCGAUAGAGAAGGACACAUAAAAAUAGCUGAUUUUGGAAUGUGCAAAGAUGGAAUCAUCAAUGAUGCGAAAACAUCCACCUUUUGUGGAACACCAGACUACAUUGCUCCUGAGAUCGUGCUCUAUCAAAAAUACGGCAAAAGUGUCGAUUGGUGGGCGUAUGGUGUCUUACUUUACGAAAUGUUAGCCGGACAACCACCAUUUGAUGGUGAGGAUGAAGAUGAACUUUUCAAUGCGAUUACCGAUCGUAAUGUAUCGUAUCCGAAAUCAAUGACAUUCGAAGCUGUGAAUAUCUGCAAAAAGUUGAUGGAGAAAAAUCCUCAGAAACGUCUUGGUUGCCAUGUAAUAAACGGCGAACGUGAAAUCAAAGAGCAUACAUUCUUUCGUCGCAUUGAUUGGCAAAAGAUCGAAGCGCGUGAAGUUCAACCACCAUUCAAACCUAAAAUAAAAGAUCCUCGUCAAGCGGAGAAUUUUGAUAAAAGCUUUACAAAUAGUCCAUUUAAGAAGACUGAAUGUGAUAAAGUUGUACUCGAAUCCAUUGAUAGAGAUACGUUUCAACAUUUCUCCUGUUAUAAUCCUCACUUCGUCCGUGAUCACUAA